UGCACUGUCCCUUUAACCGCCUGCGAACUGGAAGCUAGCAGUCGGAAGCUAACUUCAUCGUCGUGGCAGAGGAGCUACUCCUGUUUACAACAUAAUGGAGCCCAGAUGGCCGAAGAGGCGCGUUUUAUGCUCUGGUUGUUUGCUAUUCUUUAUAUUUGUUACAGGACCCGUGUCCGCGGUCGACAUAUACACCGACCCUGAAGUGAUAGUGCAGAACGGCACCACAGGAGUCCUGCGAUGCACCUUUAAGUCCAGCGACGUGGUGACCAAAGACACCACUGUGACCUGGAGCUUCCAGUCCAAUCAGCCUGAUCAUCAGUACUACAAAGCUCCAUAUGUGAUUUACUAUUUUUUCAGUGGAAAAGAAUAUCCUGGGCCAGAAGAAUUUAAAGAGAGGGUACAGUUUAUUGGAGACAUCAACAAAAAGGAUGCCUCGAUACAGCUGAACCCGGCUCAGUUCAGCGACAAUGGGACCUUCUUCUGCGACGUGAAGAACCCCCCAGACAUAGCAGGAACUCCGGCUCGAACAGAACUCAGGGUCGUUCUGAGAGAGUCGCUCCCUCAGAGCAACACGAAGAUUAUAAUCUGGGCAGUCUGCAUUGCUGUGUUUCUGCUCAUCAUCAUCGCUGUCGCCGCUUGCUUCGCCAUAAGGGUGCUUCACAACCGGCACGAUUACGAAGGAUGUACGACCCUGGAAGGCGUGAGCUCAGAAGCUCCACGGCCAGUAAAGAAGGUGGAGUCCAGGCGGGAGGGCUCCAGGUGUACCAGCCCCUCGGGUCCGCUGCAGGGCCCGGUGAUAUACGCCCAGUUGGAUCACUCAGGCAGUAAAAAUUCAUUCCAUAAGAUGGAGCCCGUGGUCUACGCUGACAUCCGCAAAAACUGAAGAUGGGGACCAAAAAGCAUUAAAAAAAAGAACGAAAAAA